AUGCUGCGCCAGUCAUUCCGCAUCACCAACACCACCUCAAGGGUGUCGCAUUCGAUUGUCGCUCAGAACCGCAUCCGCAUGGUCAACGGCUGGCUCGGUGCGCGUGUCAAUAUGUCUACCACUGCCGCCAAGAACGACUCUGCUGAGGCCGAUGUUUUGCACCGCAAGCACCUUUCCAGCAGAACCUUUGUUCUCAAUCGCCCCAAGGCCCUCAAUGCUCUCAACUUGAGCAUGGUCCGCAAUAUGACCCCCCAGCUUCAGGCAUGGGAUGCCUCGGACUUGUGCAAGGUCAUUGUCAUCAAAGGAUCGGGAGAGAAGGCGUUCUGCGCCGGAGGAGACGUUCGCCAGGUGGUGGAGCUGGCCAAUGCAGGAAAGCAGAACGAGGCAUUGGAAUUCUUUGCGGAGGAGUACAAGCUGAACCACAUGAUCGCCACCUUGAAGACACCCUUCGUGGCCAUCCUCAACGGCAUCACCAUGGGAGGCGGCGUCGGUCUCUCUGUUCAUGCCCCGUUCAGGAUCGCGACUGAAAAGACCUUGUUCGCUAUGCCAGAGACCAACAUCGGAUUGUUCCCUGAUGUUGGAGGAUCGUUCUUCUUGCCUCGCUUGGAUGGUGAGACCGGUACCUAUCUCGGACUUGUUGGCUCCCGCCUGAAGGGCAUUGACACUGUUUAUGCAGGAAUCGCCACACACUACGUUCCCUCGGAGCGUUUGCCCGCAUUGGAGGACCGUUUGAGUGAGCUGGAGACCGACAACCACGAUGUGAUCAACAUGGCGAUCGAGGACUUUGUAAGCGAGCCUCUGCACGACCACAAGUACACCCUCUCCGAUGAUCGGGAUGCGAUCGACCGCUGCUUCCGCUUCAACACGAUCGAGGAGAUUGUCGCUGCUCUGGAGAAGGAGAAUACGCCCUUUGCGACUAAGACCCUGAAGGUCCUCCGGUCCAUGUCCCCCAUGUCACUCAAGGUUACUCUUCAGCAGAUCCGCGAGGGAGCCAACCUGGGCAUUGCUGAUUGCUUCCGAAUGGAGCACCAGCUGGCUCGUCAGUUCUUGUAUGGCCACGAUUUCUCUGAGGGCGUGAGGGCGUUGUUGAUCGAGAAGACAUUGGACCCGAAGUGGCAGCCUGCGACGAUCGAGGAGGUGGAUCGUGAGCAGAUGUUGGGUACAUAUUUCAGGAACCAGGCACCGAAGCCUCUGUCGCUGUCGAGCACCGCGACCUGGAAGGAGUACCCGUACAAGCGAUAUGGACUCACAUCCGAGGACGAGAUCCGUAAGAUUGUGACGGGCGAGGCACAGGGCAGCGGACCAUUGCAGUUGACGGCUGAGGAGGUUGCGGAUGUGUGCGUGAAGAAGAGCGGAGGAAAGAUUGGUGUUCGGGAGAAGGUCCUGGAGGUGUUGUCGCGCAAGGUGACGAAGGGGACUGAGGGCGAGCUCAAGUGGAUCAACUAG